AUUCAAAGAGUGAAUUUGAAAAUAAAAACAGCCUGAACUCAGCCCUCUCUAAAUAACAGACAGUUCUCAUACUGGCACUCCAAAUAGUGCUGUAGAGUAGACUUUAAAUAUAUUUAAAUUUCAUUAUACUAGAUACUAGUUUAUUUGGUUUCAAAUUCUAGUCAGAGGUAAAAAAUAGUUUGAAUGUACUGAAUUUAAGAGAAUUGUCACUGAGAGUGUGCUCAAACUCACAAUUCUUAUUAGAAAACAUAUAAUGAUUUUAAUGGGUACAGAGGAGAUAUUGUCAUUAGCAAACUCAUUUCAAAUCUCAGAAACUAUACGUUGGAAGAGUCAGGAGGUCCUGAAUAGACCCCAGAGCCUUCAUCUGUGGUAGUAGAGCACUGGGUGUAGAUUUUGAAAUGCCUUUAGUUAAGAAUUUACAAUUUUAUGAAUAUUAAAUAAUUCAUGCUAGAAAGACAGCCUCUAGGUUAAAUAAGAUUUUUAAUUUUCAUAAUGGUUUCUGUUGUACUCCCUCCCUUACAGAGAGUAAAGAAUUUGUUGUGGUUUUACUCUUUAACAUUCUUUGGACAUAAGACAAAAUAGGGGGCGCUUGGCUAGCUCAGUUGGUAGAGCAAGCGACUUUUGAUCUCUGGUCAUGGGUUUGAGCCCCCCAUUGGGGGAAGAGUUUACUUUAAUUUUUUUUUUUUUAAUGUUUAUUUUUGAGAGAGAGAGACAGAGCAUGAGAGGGGGAGGGGCAGAGAGAGAGGGAGACACAGAAUUCGAAGCAGGCUCCAGGCUCUGAGCUGUCAGCACAGAGCCUGACGUGGGGCUCAAACCCACCAACUGUGAAAUCAUGACCUGAAGUCAGACGCUUAAUUGACUGAGCCACCCAGGCACCCUGAGUUUACUUUAAAAAAAAAGAAAGACAAAAUAGGUUUCCUAUGUGAUAAAGAAGCAAAUCAUAACCCUGUGUAGAGUUCUUCAACCUAUGUAGCUCAGUAAGAGAUUGGCAUUUAUCUAUAUUUGAAAUUGAUUAAAAUUAGAGGUUUUAAGAAAUGUUUUAUUUGUGAACAUUCAGAGCAGCAUUUCAGAAUGCUGUGAUUUUUUUUUCAACGUGUUUGUGUAAUUAAGAAAGAUCUAUAUGUUACCUUAUUUAUGAACUGGGCUGUGACAAUAUAAUAGUAAAAUACUCUGUAUUUGUAACAUUUUUUUAUAAUGUAUCACUUGAUGUUGAAAUAACCCUGUAAAAUUAGAAGGGUAGAUAUUAUCUCUAUUUUACAGAUGAGGAAGAGUGAGGCUCAGAAAGGCUAAAGAUUUCACUUGAAGUCACAAAGUUAAACUUUUUACCAUUAUACUGCAUCAGUGUUUCUUGGAGAUGAGCAUAAUUCAGUUUUAUAAGGCACAGACUGGCUUUGUCUGCUUUUUGUUGUCUUAAUCAUUGCUUUCAACAGAAAACUUUCUACGCAAGGCUGGAAAAUGAUGGCGAAUAUCUAUAAUAGAGAUAAACAUUUGUUCCUAUGAAUAAUUAUUGAAAGUAGGUAUCAACAUGUUCUGAAGUUAAAAGAACGUGACAACAUCCUUAUUAGCACCAUAACGCUGCCUAAAACAUCAUGGUUAAUUGCGAUUAAAAUGUUUUUAUUUUUUCAGGAGGACUAACAAUACUUACGAAUUUGGAGAGAUUACUUUUAUUAUGCUUUAUACCUAAUAUUAAAGUUCUAGAAACAAAUUUUUGUGUGCCUUUGAAGAGUGGUGGGAAAUUUUUUUAUUUUGAUAGUUUCAGUUCUUUUAUUCAGAUUAAUCUUACAUGAUUAUAAAAUUCUGUUUGACUUAACAGAUUAUAAACUAAGUCCAUUUAAUGAAAUGUCCUAUGAAAUUGAGUAUCUUGUUAUUUUACAGGAUGAAGAAACACGAAAAGAUUAUGACUACAUGCUGGAUCACCCAGAAGAGUACUAUAGCCAUUACUAUCAUUACUACAGCAGGCGCUUAGCCCCCAAAGUGGAUGUUAGAGUUGUGAUUUUGGUCAGUGUAUGUGCUAUUUCAGUGUUUCAGUUUUUCAGCUGGUGGAACAGCUACGACAAGGCAAUCAGCUACCUAGCCACAGUGCCCAAAUACCGUAUCCAAGCCAUGGAGAUUGCCAAGCAGCAGGGGUUGCUUGGAAAAGCCAAAGAGAAGGGCAGAAACAAAAAGUCCAAAGAGGAAAUUCGUGACAAGGAAGAGAGCAUCAUAAAAAACAUUAUAAAAAGUAAAAUAGAUAUAAAGGGAGGCUAUCAGAAACCACAGAUAUGUGAUCUUCUCCUGUUUCAGAUUCUCUUAGCACCUUUUCACCUGUGUUCAUAUAUAGUCUGGUAUUGCCGGUGGAUCUAUAACUUUAACAUCAAAGGCAAAGAAUAUGGGGAAGAAGAAAGACUGUAUAUCAUACGUAAAUCCAUGAAGAUGUCAAAGUCUCAGUUUGAUAGUCUAGAAGAUCAUCAGAAAGAAACUUUUCUUAAACGGGAGCUCUGGAUAAAAGAGAAUUAUGAGAUUUAUAAACAAGAACAAGAGGAAGAACUAAAGAAAAAAUUGGCAAAUGACCCUAGAUGGAAGCGAUACAGGAGAUGGAUGAAGAAUGAAGGGCCUGGACGGUUAACAUUUGUGGAUGACUGAGGAUUGCUGGAAUGCUACUGUGCCAAACCUUAAUUGUGAUAUUAUUUUCAUAGCUGAAUUAUUUUAGAAUUGUAAAAACUGCUCCUCAGCAGUACUUAAAAUUCCUCAAAUAUCUGAUUAAACAGAAUAAUAUAGAAAUUUAAACUUUCCCUUAAAACUUUAUAUAUGACAUUUAUGAUUGUUCAAUUUUUAUAAUCUACUUGUGGAUUUUGUUAAAUGAUCUGACAUGAAGAUUUAUUAGUUGCCAUUUAAAAUUUGUAUCUUUAGUUAAAAUAUUUGACAUGAAAAUUUAUUAGAUACCAUUUAAAAUUUUUAUGUGUUAAGUGUUUAUUCUUUAAAAGUGUUUCCUUAUUCUUUGUUCUAGUGCUACCUUUUUCUGCUUCCAUGGCCUCAUAUUUUCACAAAACAUAAAAAAUUACAACAGCAUUUAAAUACACUGUGUCUUUAGACACGAACUUCAGCAAAAUGAUUUCAACUGUCAUGUCAUUUUCAUUACAGUCAUUCUAGGAUUGAAAUAUGUUCAAAAUAUCUCUCUAGGAGAGUCUUCCGCCAGAAUGUGUUUAUACUAUUUUCCCCCUGUCGUACUAUUCUUAAUAAGAUCAGAAACUCUCCAGGAGAGUGAAUCUACCUUCAUGUCCUUGUAGGAUGAUCUUGAUUACAGUCAUUAUAGGACUAAAACUAUUCUCAAACAUUUUUCCAGAAGAGACCUUGUAAAAAGGUCUUUUGUACCACAGUAUUGCUUCCCCCACCCCUUCAGUUAAAGAAAAAAAAAAAGAUGGAGCAGAAAUAGUGUACUGAAAAGUUGUUCAUGUAUUAUGAAGUCUUUGAGCCAUGAAAAAUCCAGUGUACAUGAGUGUAUUUACAUGCAUUUAAACCAGAAAGAGGAGGUGCAUGGCUGUGUGCUGUUCUUUCAAACAAUGAAAUAUAUAUGUUUUAUACAUGUGGAAGUGAAAGCAAUUCACACAUAAUUUGACUGAAGCAAGUAUGAUACUGCAUCAGAGUAUCGAUACACAAUCAUGGUAGUGAAUCAAUACUCCUGUUAAAGGAUGUAUCUCAGUGCUUCAUAUUAAUAAAAUGGUUGCAAUACGUCACAA